AUGGGGUCAAAGGGGGAGUAUUCUGGCGAUGGCGCCAUCAGGAGGGCCGCGGAGAUGGAGGAGGCUUCGAAGCUUUACGCUCGGCGCCUCGUUGGCCCAGGGGAUGCGCUGAGCGGCCGCGUCAGGGCCUCGGUGGCCAAGGAAGCCUACGCUGCUCUCGGCAAACGAGACGCAUGGCUCCCUUUCCGCAAGGCGUCGCCGAAAGAUUCCGGCCUGCUGGAUCGGAUGUUGGCCGCAGAGCAGUCGGAGCAGACCUUUACAGGUGAGUGCAGCGAGAUGCUUGCUUGCGUGGUGCACGCCAUCGUUCACUUGCAGCCGAUCACAAAUGCAGAUUGGUAUGCCACAUCGAUGGAACGGGUAGCCGACGAACUCAUUGCCAGCGGAGAGCUGGAGCCGAAGGCCACCUUGGCGGACAAGGCAAUGCGCAUGUCCGAAAUCAUCGCCGUUGCCGCCGGGGGCGCUGGCCUGGCCGCAUAUUACAAGGCUCUUGGCAAGCCCCUGCCUCCUUUGCCAGCUGCUACGGAUGGCGAGCCUUUCUUCAAGGGCCUCAAGGAUUUCUACUCCGGCGACGUUGUUGUCGAAGCCGGCUAUGGCUACUCUCUGAAUCCGAAGGGAGGGUCGAAGAUCUCAGAGGCGGCCGUGAAGAAAACGGGCUGGAAGUCGUUGGCGGAUUUCAAGCCAACCAUCGACAGCAUGGAUCCGUUCAGCAAAAUGUCGCUCACGCCGUACUCCUGUUGGAUCCAGCAGCAAUGGAUGGAAGCAUUGUACAUCCCUCUUCGGGAUGUAGUCAACUUUUCCGCAAAGCCCCCACCUUCACGAUGUCUGUCGCGAUCGGACUUGGAAGUGGUGGCCGCCGCCUACGCUGGAGCCGUGACCUGCCAUUUCUGA